UCUUGCGUUUCAUUACCUCCUCUCUAAGCCGGCGUCGUCCCUGUACACGAUGAACCCUAACUCCAAACCCUAACUCCGAUUUGGCUUCGUCACAUCCGCCUCAAAAUUAAAGAAAAUUGAAUCUGAAUGGCCUCAUCUUCGGGUACCAAGAAGUAUCCUCCGCGGCUUUACGAGAUUGGUAAAACGCCUAUUCAAUCUCGGAGCAUGAACCACAUUUUUUUUCUGUCCAACCUUCAAGUAAUGAAAGAGUCUGUCGGCGAAGACGUUUGGCUUGAGUUAAGAGAAUCAGCUGUAGGCGUGAUUAUCAAGCUGAAGGAGUUGGAGUACACUUGGUCUGCAAAACAUGUUCAUUAUUUUCUGGUGAAUCAAUUGGCGAUUCAGUACAGUCAUGAAGUUUGGUCUUUGAUAGAAGACCAGCCAUUGAGGUUCUCUCUGUAUGAGUUUGAAGAUAUUACAGGGUUAAAUUGUGAUCCCUUUGACACGCAAGAACAAUGGGAUGUGGCUCAUGAAGACUUUUGGGUGGAGAUGAAAGUUCCAAUUUCUGAAGGACCCAAGUUGAAUGAACUUCAAGCCCUUUUUCCGAUCAUCAGAAAUUGGCCUAGAGAGAAGCGUGUAAUGGUUGGCUUGUUGUGUCUACUAUCCAUUGGCAUAUUUGGCAUUUCAAGCAAUAGUAGAAUACCUCUGCAUUUGGCGAAAAGGGUGAUGGAUCCAGCAGCUUUUCAGCGCCAUCCAUGGGGUCGUGUGGCAUUUACCAGCCUUGUGGAUUCUAUUAAAGUGGUGACAUACGAAGAAAAGAGGAGUUACACACUACAUGGUUGUGUUCAUGCAUUGCUUAUUUGGAUAUACGAGUCUGUGCCAGUUUUAGGAGAGAUAUAUGGGCAUCGGAUAGAGGAAGCUGAGGUUCCGCUUCUGUCAUGGCAUGGUUCUCGUCAGCGUAUCAACUUCCCAAACUUCUGUGCACAAGAAAAGAAAAAAUAUCAGAAGAUUCGUGUAAGGCAUAUGAUUGUAAAGGCAAUGGAGGAUAGAUAUUCGAAAUGGGACGAAGAUAAACCGCCUGAUGAUUUGGAUAACAUGAUAGUUGACAUCCUUAAUGAUCAGCUAAACGACAAGUUUUGGGAUGUAGUGCCACUUACCAAGUGCCAGAAGAGAAAAACUCAAGUCAGUGCACCUAGUGUUCCCGAAAGAGUGGAUACGAGCCCCUCCACAAAACGAAGGAAGGAGAAAGACACUGCACCAGAAAUGGUAUUCAUAACUUAAACCAACUUUUAAAAUUGUUUUAACGGGAGGUUUAAAUUAAUUUAAACUGCAAAUUGAUUCCAACCAAAAUUAAAAAUUUAUUUAAACCGAAAAUAAUCUAAACUGAACCAAGUUAUACCAAACCAAAAUCUUAGUGAAUUUAACCAGAAAUUCGAGUGGAUAAGUCUGCUACAAUAAGUGUUUCUUAAUAUGGUAAUUAAAAUUUGAUUUAAAAGUCUGCCGUCAAAGAUGGCAAUUUUUAAAAUCUGCCACCAAAUGAAUAUAAAAGUCGACCAGAAAUUUAAAUCGGAUAAACAUAUCUUUCAUAAAAAUUUAUAUCUAUUACUCUUAAAAAGUCGGCUGAAGGUAAUUUUAAAUCGGUUUAAAAAAUCUAACUAAUACGAUAUAAAACUGCCAAUUUUUAAAAAUCUGUCUCGUCAUUCGAUAGACUAAAACAUAUAAAUCUAUUGAAGACAUUAAAUCGGACAAAUAAAUCAGCCAUCUUUAAAAAAUCUGUUGUAACUUAAAAGUCUGCUUCCAAAUACACGGCAGAUAUAAAUUUAACAGCAUGUUUAAUGAACAGAUUUAUGUUACAAUAUAUUUGUUUUUUUGUCAAAUAAAUCUGCCGACAAUUUUUUUUUCAAAAUUUAAAUGGCAAUUUUGUAAUAUACUUUUCUGCUCACAACUGUAAAAAAGGGCAUUUUCGACCAUAAAAAUAUUUUAGUAAUUUUGAACUUUUAAGAUUUAUUCUAGUAAUAACUCAAGUAAUUUGACUCGUUUUAGUAAACUCCCCAUAAUCUUAAAAAAUGUUAGAAACUAUGAGAUGUGUUUUUCUUAAGCUGCAUCUGUGAGGGUAAUACUUGUGUGCUUUUUAUAAUAUGAAUGUUUGGUUGAACGAGAAGUUUGCUCUACAAGUAAAUAGCGCAAUACUCUACGGAGAGUCUUUGAUGGAAGAGUCAACAUAUCCUAUUCUACAAGUUUGCUCUUUUUGUCUUAAUCUUUGAUGGAAUAGUCAACAUGCU